AUGUUUGCAACAGGAAAUACAUCAUCAUCGACGAAAAACAAAGUCAUUGUGAAUAGUGAUGAAGAUUUAGAAGAUGAAAGUGAUGAAGAAGAAUUAUUUGAUCAUGGGGCAACAACAGACAAUGUUGAUCUUCAAAAUUCAACCUCCUCCGAUCAACCUCUUGUGGAAGUACUUCAAACCUAUUCUCCAAUUGCCUGUAGAGAAUGUAGAAAGGGACAUAGAAAGUGUGAUAAAGCAUUGCCAAUUUGUUCUAAUUGUCGUAGGAAAGACAAAGUUUGUGUUUAUCCACAGGCUAAACGUAAUAGAAAAGCAAAAUCACCAACCAAGACUUUGGUGCCACUCUCUAACGCUCCUUCAACUGCAACAAACGAAGGAGAUAGCAUUGUGGAAAAAACUGAAAAAAGUCACAAAAAGGAGAACAAGAAGGAAAAACAUGGUGUAAAACAUGUACAUGAUGAGGAAAUAUCUAAAAGUGAGGAGGAAGAUGGAGCUGAGCCAGUGAUUGUUUCUGGUGUUCCAACUUUACAUCCACAUCGGGAUGAACAUCAACCUGCACACAAAAGGAUUGAAUUAUUACAACAAAUAGACAAGUCACCAUUUGAUGAUCCAAAAUAUGAAACCUAUGAGAAUAUUUUGAGUAUGUUUGUGGAGCAAGUUCUACCACAAAUUCAACCUUCAUCAAUUGCAAAACGGAAAUUGGAGCUCGUUAGAGAUUUAUGCUUGUAUGAUUCAUUAGUAUCUUUCCACUUUAUGACAAACGAAUUAGGAACAGUGGAUGACGAACCAACAAGUGAAAAUAUUUUGAAAACAUACAUCAUCUCCAUUCUGUACCGUCUUUGUGAGGAAACUCAUGAACCUAAUCAUAAUAAUAUUACUGAACAGCACAAAAAUCAUCACGAUCAACAUUACUAUCAUCACAAAAAACCUAGCUCUCUUCACAUUUCAACAAAUUUGCCAUCAUCCCUUGAUUUCUCUAUAGAUUUGACACCUCUUUCUUUAUCAACUCCAACCCCAGAACUUGCUCAUCUUAUAGGACACGACUCUUCAAAUUUUCAUCACAUUGCCAUAAGAUCCAAAGAGCAAAAACUCUCAGAUAUCGAUCAUGUUGACUAUUCACUCUUUCUAUGUAUCCAGUCUUUAGCAUUUGAUAGAGUAGGCCUCCCUCAAGUCUCGGAAUUUCUCCUCAAUAAGGCAAAGUCAUAUCUGGAACCUUUCUAUUUACAUUUAAAAGCUAAAAAGCAUGUUAAAUCCCACGAUCACGAAACGUUAAUACGAGUAUUAAUAUGUUUUUCCUACAUUUCACUUCUAGUUGCUAAUAGACAUCCAGAGGAAGCAUCCAAGUACAUAACUAAGGUAUCAUCGUAUUUGGAAUCAAGAGUAGCCAAACAUGAUACAACCACUAGUAGUAUUCACUCACAACAUGGAUGGAAAGAAUAUAGGAAUACUAUCAAAGACUUGGAUAUUGAAGAUCAUUUACUUCAUCUAUUACUCUCUCAUGUUCAAGUUAUACUCUUCUCGAAAAAGAUUAAGAACAAGUUAACAUCAUCCCAAGUUCAAGAAUUUCUCGUCUGCUUGAAUGAAUUACACUCAUCUACAAUAGUUUCUCAAUUUAAUACUCUCUCAAAACUUCAAAAUUUAAAAGAAUCGGCAACAACUACCGAAUUUUUAAUCAAAACUUUGAAACAAAAGAAGAAUAACGAGAGAUUAUUACCUCCAUCCCCACAAGCAGAUGAGCUUCUUUAUGAAUACUCUUACCUUCACAUUCAUGAAGAAGAUGAACAAAGAAUAAGAGAAAUUGAAAAUGAAACUUCAUUCUGGGUUGAGAACUACCUGACCAUACCUUGCAAAUCGGUUCGUGCCCAUCCAAGUGCAAGUAUAUCUUGCUCUAACACUCAGAAAGGAAUCUCCUUCGAUGAAUGUUUAGAAAGAAUGAAACUUUCCAAAGAGUUCCUCAAUUAUGGAAAUCAAGUACUCAAAAAUUUUAUCCCUCCACUCUCUGCUAAUAUUUCUCUCUUGACCUCCCAGAUGAUUGCUGACACUAUCAGUAUUAUUGUAUCAAAGUUAUCCAUUGUUGGAGAUGAUAUGUGUUCCUCAAAAACGAGUGAAAAUUAUUCUACACUUCCAAACAUUAACACACCAACCUCAAUAUUAGCAUCUUAUUCUGUCAUUGAAGCAACAAGAAAUGAUGCUUUCUAUUUCAGUGGUCCAGUGGUCCUUCCGUGCAUUGUUAAAGCUGUAGAAAUUCAGCUCGAAGAAUUGGAAACUUUACAAUCAACUGCCCUAAUGACUGGAGUUUUUGGAUUGUAUGGCUCUCAAGAAUCUUUAUUUGGUUCUUCUGUAGAUGAUUUAUCUGUUCUAGGACUUUCAGAAGUUCCAAACCAUACCAUCCACAGAAUUAGACAAUACCUUAAAUGGGGAUUGGAAGCAAUUGUAGUUUGUGAACAAUUGAAUGGUGUGAUUGAUGUAUUCGAUUUGAAGGAAAAUGUGAGAAAGAUUGUUGCUGAGGAAGAAUUCAACCAACGUUGUCCAAAGGACUACUUUUCCAUACCAAGCUAUUACUUGAAUACUCGAACUGAUAAUUCAUCAACAAAUAUGCAAGAUCCAAUUACUCCUUCAGUUGAAAUGACAGAGAGUGAAUCAUCAUUUCCUCCCCUCUCCUCAACUGUAACAAAUAAUGACAACCCAGUACAAUAUCCCAUUAUUUCCCAACCAAAUAAUAUAUCCAAUCAAUCUGAAGUUUACGAAGUCAACCCACAGGAAAACAAUGAGCUUUAAAAUUCUGUAAAUUAUUUGAAUUGUAAAAAUAAACUUCUUUUUCAAUCUU